AUGAUGUCCGCCCACAGACGAGCAGCGAACGUGAACUCGAGAUCGUCGUGGCGGAAAGCGGUGUCGGAAAGUGCCACGUCCACACACUUCUCCAAAAGUCCGGGCGUGCAGAACAAAUACUCCGUCACACCCAAGAAAAUCCGGAAUAGCGGUGUUGAGCAAAUCAUAUGGUCAUACGGCACUAUGCCCAAACGGUGCCAGCUAUCGACAAUGGCCAAAAGCAGGAGAUGCGAGUUGGGCUGGGCGCAUCCGGGAGGCUCUUUGCUCAAAGAAAAGCGCUCGAGCAAUGCGUCGUCUAGCAAUAGACGGCCCGGUCUGGAGGCGAAAACGUACUUCUUUGCUGUUUGGAGCCGCAGUUCGAGCUCGUCGCGGCGGCCCUGGAUCAUCAACGUGAAAAGAUCGGUGGCCAGCUGUGCGUACUGGAGCACCUGGCUGUGGGCUGCUGGAUUGGUGAUGGCUAGACCGGCAUAA